AUGGACAGUAUAUCAAGUGUUGGGGAGAGUAACCAAUCGAAGGGAAAUGGAUUUGAAGUAGAAAUCGCAAUUGAGGAGUACCCCGAUGGUGGUCUCCUUGCAUGGUCUCAAGUAGUGGGAUCCUUUGUUUUGGUGUUUUGUACAUGGGGAUUGACAAACAGUUUCGGUGCUUAUCAAACUUACUAUGAAUCUGGUGAAUUAUUUACACAGACAUCUUCCAACAUUUCUUGGAUUGGGUCCAUUCAAGCCUAUUUGUUGAUGCUUGUUGGAAUUAUAACAGGACCUUUGUUUGAUCGAGGAUACUUUAAGGCGUUGUUGAUAAUAGGUUCCUUUAUGAUUGUAUUUGGAAUAAUGAUGAGUAGCCUUUCAACCACGUAUUAUCAAGUUAUGUUAUCACAAGGUAUUUGCAUGGGUGUUGGUAUGGGUGCAUUAUGGGUUCCAAGUUUAGGGGUCUGUGUUCAAUAUUUUCUAAAAUAUAGAUCUAUUGCUAUUACACUAGCUGCAAGUGGUGGUUCGAUUGGUGGUGUCAUUUUCCCCAUAAUUAUUAAGAGGUUGAUACCAAAGAUCGGGUUUGGGUGGACAUGUAGAGUAAUCGGUUUAAUAUGCUUCGUUACCUUAUUUGUUCCGAUUAUGAUUAUGAAACAAAGAACCAUUCCUGAGACUCAUAGAAAAAUUUUACAACUUAGUUCUUUUAAAGAAUUGCCGUAUCUGUUUUUAACAAUAGGAUUAUUUUUGUCUUUCACCGGUAUUUAUAUUCCCUUUUAUUAUAUUUCAUCAUAUGCCAAUAGAAUCGCUCACACAAGUAUAAAUAUCAGUUACUAUAUGAUCAGCAUUAUCAAUGCAAGUCUAAGUGGUAGAAUUAUUCCAAAUUAUUACGCUGAUAGAGUUGGGCCAAUUAACACUAUGAUUGUGGCAUCUUUUAUCAGUGGUGUACUUGCAUUAGUGUGGAUUGGAAUAAGAAAUACGCCUGGUUUAAUUAUAUUUUCUGUAUUGUAUGGUAUAUCAAGUGGUACUGUCGUUUCAUUACCACCUUCGGCUAUAAGUUCAGUGACUAAUGAUAUUACCCGAAUUGGAAGUAGAUUAGGUACCGCUUUCUUUUUUGCCGGGUUUGGUACUCUGAUUGGUAAUCCUGUUGCUGGUAAGCUGAUCGAUAUAAAUAAAGGGGAAUUUUAUAAAGGUCAGAUAUGGAGUGGUGUUAUGACAUUGGGAUCGACUUUCUUUUUGACACUUGCUCAGUAUUAUAAAAGAAAGGCAGUUCGGCAAGUUCAAUUCGACCACAGCUCUAACAUUGAAAAAAACUAA